CUUCAAAUUCAAAAUGGCUACAAAUCAUAAUACGACGUGAACUGUCAGCUGUGUAGUAAUUUUUGUUUCUUUGUGUUUUUUAAACUUAAAAAUGUUAUAAUUUCGAUGUAAAUAACGAAUAUGGGUGCAAAAGACUCAAAACCUUGUUUUAUAUCUUAUGAAGAUGCAGAGAAACGAGUGUCUGAGAGUGAAUUGAGACGUAUUCGCGAGGCGUUCAAAAGAUGUGCUGGUGCGAACGGGACGGCCUUGAGCUUGGACGUGUUUGUCCAUGAAGUGUUGUGCGACGGUGUGCCAUACGAGGUGGCAGAAUGGCUUUACCAGGCUUGUGGGGGCACUAAGCGAGGCAUUGGCUUCCGAGACCUGCUGCGUGGUAUCGUGGUACUGACUAAAGGCAGCCUUGAAGAGAAAAUCAAGUUUUUAUGGACACUGUAUGUAAACAAUCAGAGUGAUAAUGGCACAUAUAUAUACAAGAAGGAUUUCGCACGCGCCCUGCACCUGGAGAACACAUCAUUGCCAGUCACAGGGGCACAGAAGAGUGCCGAGAUACUUCUUGGUCUAUUUGGAACUGGAGAAAAAGUGACAUUUGAGCAGUUCCGGUCCUGGUUACUGAUACAUAAAGAUGCCACUGUUCUAUCGAAAUGGUUGUUGGCAGACAGAGGGCAUGUGGCACAGGAACUGGAGACCCCAACAUUCUAUCAAAGUUUGGCAGGAGUCACCCACUUGGAAGAAAGGGACAUCAUAGAGCUGGAGAAGUUCUUCUGGUCUCUCCGCAACAGCGCGCCCACUGGCCAACUGGACGCUGAGAGUCUGAGUCCUCUUCUAUCACCUCCUCUGCCGAGAUCUGCUGUCACCGGGUUCUUCCUGGCCUUCGACGAGAAUCGAGAUGACCAUGUGGACUUCAAGGAGCUCUGCUGUGGCCUCAGCGCGGCCUGUCGUGGUCCGAGGACGGAGAGACUGAAGUUCUGCUUCAAGAUCUUCGACCUGGACCGAGACGGGGUGCUCAACAAGAAGGAGCUUAUAGACAUGGUCGGAAUUCUUUGUACCGUCGCGAACGAGAGCCUCAAGCAACAGGGCUCCAGGGCGUCCACCCCGGACGGAGACUCCGACGGGGACAAGACCUUCGACCCUGAAGUGGUGCUGCUGAACUUGAAGGAGAAGCUGAUCUCUGUCAGCAAGGAUGGGAAGCCUGUGUUUCAAUUGGGCCCGGGUGCUGAGCAAGAUAUUGUUAUUUUAAAGGACCCCCCGGAGAACGAAGGCGUGAUCCCAUCAGACACGGCCCUAGCCCUGGAGGACUUCCUGAUCUGGAGCGUGGAGUCGGCGGACUCGCUGGUGACUCCGUUCCUGGAGCUGGUGUUCGAGGUGUGCCACAUAGUGCUGGGCCUGAGGCCGCAGUGCAAGCAUCGGGAGAGGGACAUUGUUCUCGGCUGGCUCCGUCGCGAGGUUCAACGCGGUUACUCCGUGGGCCAGUUCUGGUACCUGGUGGGGGCAGAAUGGUGGGGGAACUGGUUGGCUUACACCGCAGCCGGAUCGGAAGGCUGCUGUCGAAGCCAACCUCGUUUGGACGAGGCUAUCGUUUGCGAUGAGAGCUUCACGAGUAAUUCCACCGCCGUGUCGGUUACGGAAUCAAUGGGCUCUCUGCUAUGGCGGGACACAGCUUCAGUGUGCUCCGCCAGCAGCAGCGGCGUCAGCAGCGCCGCCAACCACCGCAACGCUGCGCACCCCGGGCCCGUCGACAACAAGCGGCUGCUCGCCGAAGACACUCUCAAGGUUCGCACGCUGACAGGUGAAGGGGGUCACCUCCGGCGGGACGUGGCUCUGUCCCAGAGCCUGGACUUCGAGCUCAUCCCGGACAAGCUGUGGCGCGCCCUCGCCAACUGGUACUCCGGCCCGCACCCGCUGCCCAGGCAGGUGAUUCGACCGCCUAAUUCUGACGUGGAAUUGGAAUUGUACCCCCUACAGUUGAAGAUAUACCGGCACAUAUCCAACACGCAAAGAUCGCAGCCCGCCACGCUGGGCGGCGUGGCGGCGCUGGGCGGGGCGUCGCUGUACAGCAGCGUGCCGCUGGCGCCCGCGCCGCCCGACACGCGCCUCGCCUACACCGCCGCCUUCUCGCGCCUCGCCACCGUGCGGCAGGUGAGCGAAUUCCUGUGCGCGUCCCUGGGAUUAGCGCGGGAGGACAUGCGGCUGUGGCUGCUGGGCGAGGACGGCAGCGUGCUGCUGGACGACGACAGGCCCUCGCUGCAGGCGCUGCGGCUGCGGGCCGGCAGCCGGCUGCUGCUGGAGGUGCGCGCCGGCGACCUCACGUGGCCCGAGGAGAUCGGCGCUCUGAGCCUUGAAGGCGGUUCCCGCGCCACGGAGAGGCGGGAGACGCUGACGACGGCGGAGCUGGCGGGCGCCACCGGCCUCCACAACCUGGGCAACACGUGCUUCAUGAACGCCGCCAUGCAGGCGGUAUGGAACACAACCGCCCUGCGUCGCUAUUUCAACUCCGGCAUGCAUUUGUACGAGGUGAACACCGACAACCCGCUCGGUACCAAAGGCGCCCUCGCGCUCAGAUACGGAGAGCUGUGCAAAGAGGUGUGGUCGCGCGCGGCGCGCUCGGUGGCGCCGCUGCGCGUGCGCUGGGUGGUGGCGCGGCACGCGCGCGCGCUGGGCGGCGGCGGCCAGCACGACGCGCAGGAGCUGCUGGCCUGGCUGCUGGACACGCUGCACGAGGACCUCAACCGAGCGACCGGUGAAGACAAAAUGGAAUCCCGACCGCAUCGAGACUCAGACGGGAGGCCUGACCAAGUGGUAGCAGCCGAAGCGUGGGAGCAGUACGCGGCCCGCAACCAGUCCAUCAUGACGGACCUGUUCUACGGCCAGCUGAAGUCCAGGGUGCGUUGCGACACGUGCGGACACGAGUCGGUGCGAUUCGACGCGUUCAACAUGCUGAGUCUGCCCCUGCCCAUGGAGUGUUAUGUGCACUGUGAAGUUAGAGUGAUGCUGCUAGACGGCUCAGUGCCGGUGAAGUACGGCGUCCGAGUGAACUCCGAGGGCACUUACCUGGACCUGAAGACCAGGCUCAGCGAGUUGUGUGGGCUGCCUGUUCACUCCAUGCUCCUAGUGGAGCUGGCGGGCGCCACCAUCGGGCGGGUGCUGGACGAGCGCGCCAAGGUGUCCCCCAGCAGCGCCACCGCGCUGUACGCGUACGAGACGCCGCCGCCCGAGCCUGCGCACGCGCACGACCAUGAGCACGCCGACACGCACGCGCAAGACGGCUGGCGCCCCCCCGCGGAGGUGAGUGUCCCGCGCGCUGAGCAUUCCUCCUCACUGUGCAUGCCCGCACUCUUCUGCUUCAAGCGGUCGAGAUCGGAAAUUGUUAUGUCUCAGAGUCCGUCAGAGGGCGCUCACUUCGCUCACUACUCCGACCAACCGGAGAGGAGCAACACGCUGCCGAAGCAGCUCCGGCGGGCGGCGAGCGUGUCCCCCGCGCUGGGGGCGGGGCCUCGGGGGGUGGGGGGAGCGGGGGGCGGUGCGGGGGACUUCGGCUCCUCGCCCUCGGCGGUGGGGGUCACCGGCGAGGAUGUGAACGGCCCGCCCGCUGGGGAGAUUCGGUAUCUUAUGGCGGUGCAUCGCAAGCAGAGCCGCGCGGACGCGUACUUCCUGCCGUGGCAGCGCAGCAAGCCCGCGCUGUUCGGCGUGCCCGUGCUGGUGCCCGUGCGCGGCGCGGGCGCCCGCCAGCUGUACGCGGCCGUGUGGACGCAGGUAUCAAGAUUGCUGAGCGCACGGCCGCCUUCACAUGACCAGUCCAAUCACGCGACAGAUUGCGACGACAGCCUCGGCUACUCGUUCCCGUUCACGCUGCGGCUGGUGUCGGCGGCGGGCGGCGGCGCGCGCUGCGCCGUGUGCGCCUGGCCCGCGCUCUGCUCCGGCUGCUCGCUCGCCUGUACGAACUCGAGCGACAAACAGCGGCCAAGCGUGAUCCGCUCGGAGGAGUCCCGGCCGGAGUCCCCCAUAGACGCGGCGUGCGCCUCCCCCGCCGUCCGCGCCAAGCUGCAGCGGCAGGCCAGUGCGAGGCUCACGGGCUAUGACGAGGCCCGCACGGAGAAUGGCGAGCUGAAAUACUUGGACCCGAGCAUGCUGCGGGGCGGCUGGCGGAGCGUGCUGCUGGCCAUCGACUGGGACCCCACGGCGCUGCACCUGCGGUACCAGUCCACCAGGGAGAAGGCGUGGCGCUCCCACCCUUCCGUGGCGGAGUGCCUGUCGCAAGCGAGCGCCGGCGUGUCGCUGUCCGCGUGCCUGCGCACCUUCACGCAGGCCGAGCGGCUCGACGCGCGCUACUCGUGCGCCGCCUGCCGCAGCGCGCAGCCCGCCACCAAGACGCUGCAGAUCUGGCGGCUGCCGCCCGUGCUGAUAAUCCACUUGAAACGUUUCCAAUACGUCAACAACAAAUGGAUUAAAUCCUUGAAGGUGGUCAACUUCCCGUUCACGGACUUCGAUCCGACUGAGUUCUUGGCUUCAGUGCCGAAGGAGACCAUUCUGAGGCAUCACGAGCUGAAAAACAUGCACAAGAGGAGGGAGUCGCUAUUCCUGGACCUCAGCGACCAUAUAUCGGAGAGUGGGAGUGAUGACGACGCAGUCAAAGAGGUGCCGGGGACUGCUAGGAAGGUUAGAGCUAAGACUGAAAGGCGGAAACGCGAGUCGGUGGAGGUGAGAACCCGCGAGAGGCUGGAGUCCACCAGCCUGGCCGCCACGCCGGUGACGGACGACAACCUGCUGGACUACCACCAGCACCGGCUGCUGGAGCACCAGGACCCCUUCGACCUCAAGUACAGGCUGUAUGCAGUGGUGUCCCACAGCGGGCAGCUGAGCGGCGGGCACUACGUGGCGUACGCGCGCAACCCGAGCGGCGCCUGGCUCUGCUACAACGACAGCUCGUGCCGCGAGCUGGCCGCGCCCGAGCUGGACCCCGCCGCCGCCUACCUGCUGUUCUACGAGAGGCAGGGCCUGGACUGCGCGGCGUACCUGCCCGACGUGGCGGGGCGCGCGCCGCCGCCCGCCGCGCUGGAGCCCGACGAGGGCGACCUCAAGAAGAUGUGCAGCCUCAUGUAGGUCGGCGGGGGGACAAGGGUCACACGGCCCGUUUGACGUCAGUCCACCAGUUUGGUCCGGACAAGAUUGAUGCUAGAAGUGAGUGAUGAAAAAUACGGUUACACGCUCAGAUUGACAGCAGACUGGUAUAACUUAGGUUUUGGAUAAAGGUUACACGGUCAGUUCAGUCCAUCAUUUUGAGCGAUCUGAUGGACUGUACUGACGCCAAAACUUAUCGUGUUAACCUUGUCUUACAGUUAGCGUACCCAAUCCAUUAUCAAAGAGGUAAGUCUGUAAGGAAUUAACGUUAAAAUUAUAAUGAUAUAGUAAUUCUCUGAAAAAAUUAUAUUUCAUAGAAUAAAAAAAGUACUGGACCGAUUUUCGUAAAGUUUAUCAAAAGCUUUACUUUUACUCUGGAACUCUACACGUGGGCAAAGAUUUUAUAAAAAAUACAGUGUUACAAAUUCAAGCAGGCUGUCGUCAAUUAGCCUUCUGCGUAAAAUAAUGCUCGUCAUUUGAUAUUGACACGAUAUUUGUAAAUAUAUACUUACUUUUGUCUUCACAUUUCACAAAAAUCUUUAUAUAACAAUUAAUUUAUGUACUCUUUAUAGCCACACAUACAAUAUCCUAAAAAUUUCUUACUUAAUUUUUUUAAAUAGUAUUUAUUUAUAUUUUUAAUAAAUAUAAUAUCUUGAUCUAAAACUGAGUUUUGUGAUGUCCAAUGUCACAAAAGUAUAUAAUUAAAAUGUAAAUGAAUAUUUCUGAUACAAUGAAUGUAACGUUAGACAUAUGUUCCCCUCACUUACAGACAUCUGUUGAGAAUAUGUUUUAUUGUAAUAAUUUAAUUCGUAAAUUUUAUUUUAUUCAAAAUGUUGCUAUACAUUCCUCGCGUAAUGUAUGGGUUAUUUAAUCAUUUGUAAGUUAUUAAUUAGUUUUAAAUUGUAUUUAUAGGAUUUCAGUGAUAUUUAUUUUUCACCGGGACGCCAUAAGAAUAAAAAUUCAACGUCCCCAACCGUAAAAAAAAAAUCGAUUCAUGAUCGUUAUUCAAGUAUUUAAUUAUAAUAUUUACAUAAUUUAAUAGCUUUUGGUGCAAAAACUGUCGGGGUGUCCCAGUGAAAAAGUGCAAUGGUUAAAGUGCUCGGUAAUACGAAUUUUAAGGGCUGUUGGAAAACAAUAGGAUAGGAAUCAUUAUUUGUGGUACGUACCAGUGUACGGCUGCGAUAUUUUUGACGGAACAUUUAUUUUUAUUAAAUUUUAAUGAUACCAAUAAUGUAUUUAUUAUUUUAUCAGUAUGACGGGAAAGUGGAUAUUUUUUUGGAGAGUCAAUAAAUAAAGAGCAAUACAUUAUAAUAUCCCAUCCCUAAUAGGGAUCAAUAUUAUUUUGUGUCGAUGUGAUGACAAGAGCUAUCAUCAGUUAAACUAUAAUUUGUUAAGGAAUCAUGUUCUGAAAUUAGUACGUGUACACUAUUUUUUGAAUUUGUUCCUUUCAUAGCAGGGGAGCAGGCGGAGAUUUGGAUAUGGACGAUAUUUUUUUAAGAGAAGUUGUAAAUUAUAAAUAAUUAGUACAUACCAAUGGAGUUAUUUGCAUGGUGGAGGAUUCAUUUUAUAAAUCAUUUAUUUGUAACUUACUCUACUCAUUUAUUUAUAAAUAUAGUUUAUAUCUAAACGGGCCCCUGAAAAUGCGUGAAUCGACGCGUUUGAUCGCACGCCUUGAUUUGUAUCGAGACUGACGUGAUGUAAAAAAUGUAAUGUGCUAUAUUAACUCAUUGAUCUAUUUUGUAUUUAACUAUAGUCAUAGCACCGAUGCCGGGGAUACUCCGCGCCCACGCACUUUUACGACUUAUUUUUAGUGAAUUUAUGUAGUACAUGUUGUUAAGUGCCGACGCGCAGUAUCUGCGGCGUCAGUUAAUAUAUAUUCUUAUAGGCUGCAUUGCGCAGGAUUAGUUGAUAUAAUAUGUUAUUAAGUUGAAUUUAACAACGAUCGGUGUUACUAGCUGCUGAGCGCGUCUAGCGCCACUAUUUUGAAAAAUCCGUACGCUUGUUGCGCUAUCUUUCGCGAGAUGUCGACACUGAAACUGGAAAGUCGCUAGCGGUGAACGCAGGGCUCUGGGAAUGGUAUACCUAUUCAGACUUGAAUUCCCUUUUCUUAUUUUCGUUCUGUAAUAUAAUUUUCAUUAAAAAAAUCAAUACAAUAUUUUAUUAUGGUUUUCGCGUUGACUGUUCUCUCGGUACGAUACAAGUUUUUGGAAAAUUUUCUCACUUUUGUUAUGAAGAUUGAAAGAAAUCUAUUAAACACGUUUCAGAGCCCAGUUCCGUCUCAGAGUAUACCGACUAAGCAUAUGGAUUCAACACAGCUUAUGGCGGCAAAAUGUCGUAACGCUUUGUAAAUUUUAGUGAGAAUUCGUGUUAUAAGAAUUAGCGCAUAAUGUAACUUUAGUGAUAUGUUGCUGAUAUUAUAGACCACCAGCUUGGAAGCAUCUAUUUUAACCGGCUUCUAAACAGGAGGUUCUCAUUGUCUAUAACACCCAGCUGUGAGAUAUUUCAAGGAGCGAAAAAGGCAGGGGAAUGUAUCCAUAUAAUAAGCGUGUAUGUAUAUUUUUUUACGUUGUAAUCAAGAAGCGCCGUGCCAUCGAUUUUCUCAAAAACCCUUAUGCCAAAGCUAUGAUUAAAUUCUAAAUUUUGUUUCUGAUAUCUCGUGGUACCAUGAUAAAAUCACUAAGAUGUAAAUUAUACAAAAUACUUGUUUAUUCGAUUUAUGGUACCACCUUCUUCUUCUUCCCUACUUAUGUCGGCCUGGCCGCGUGAUAUUUAGACCAAUCUUUCCCCUUUUUAUGUUAUAUUUCAAUUUCAAAUUGUUAUUCUGUGUUAAGUAUUGAUCCCUGUGCAAUAAAUUUUUAUAUGUAAA